CCGUCUUGCUCCCGCAGCUCUCUUUCCAUGAUGCCCGCCCGCCCGUCGAGGCGGCUGCCUCUCUUCGUGCUGCUGGCGCUCUGCUCGGCGGCAGCGGUCCAGGGCACGCGGCCCCAGCCGGAGAAGAACAAGCGGCAAGCGCAGCAGCAGAUCGUCCAGCCGCCCCAGCCCGCCGGCCAGAGCAAACAGGGAUGCUAUGACAACGGGCAGCACUAUCAGAUAAACCAGCAGUGGGAGCGCAUUUACCUGGGAAGUACGCUGGUCUGUACCUGCUAUGGAGGAAGCAGAGGGUUCAACUGCGAAAGCAAGCCUGAAGCGGAAGAAACCUGCUUUGACAAAUACACGGGAGGUACUUACCGAGUAGGGGCAACCUAUGAGCGGCCUAAGGAUUCCAUGAUCUGGGACUGUACCUGCAUUGGGGGUGGCCGUGGGAGAAUCAGCUGCACAAUUGCAAAUCGCUGUCAUGAAGGGGGUCAGUCAUACAAGAUUGGUGACACCUGGCGGAGGCCUCAUGAGACUGGUGGCUAUAUGUUAGAGUGUGUGUGUCUUGGCAACGGAAAGGGCGAGUGGACUUGCAAGCCAGUUGCCGAGCGGUGCUAUGAUAAUUCUGCGGGGACUUCAUAUGUUGUUGGCGAGGUCUGGGAGAAGCCCUAUCAAGGCUGGAUGAUGGUGGAUUGCACUUGCUUGGGAGAAGGCAGUGGCCGCAUUACCUGCACAUCCAGAAAUAGAUGCAAUGAUCAGGACACCAAGACAUCCUACAGAAUUGGAGACACCUGGAGUAAGAAAGACAACCGAGGGAAUCUUCUUCAGUGCAUCUGUACUGGCAAUGGCAGAGGGGAAUGGAAAUGUGAAAGGCAUUCAUCUAUGCAAACUGUGGGCAUAGGAACUGCUUCUGUAACAGAUGUACGAACGGCACUCUAUCAGCCUCAGCCUCAGCCUCCUCCAUAUGGACACUGUGUAACAGACAAUGGCAUGGUGUACUCUCUGGGAAUGCAAUGGCUUAAGACCCAGGGCAGCCAGCAUAUGCUUUGUACUUGCCUGGGCAAUGGCGUCGGGUGCAAGGAAACAGUUGUGACCCAAACCUAUGGGGGCAAUUCCAAUGGAGAGCCAUGUGUCUUCCCCUUCACCUACAAUGGGAGGACUUUCUACUCCUGCACGUCUGAAGGCCGCACAGACGGGACUCUCUGGUGCAGCACAACUUCAAACUUUGAUGAAGAAAAAAGAUACUCCUUCUGUACAGAACAAAAUGUUUUGGUUCAAACACGUGGUGGGAACUCCAACGGUGCUCUGUGCCAUUUCCCUUUCCUCUAUAACAACCGGAAUUACACCGAUUGCACUUCUGAGGGGCGAAGAGACAACAUGAAGUGGUGUGGAACAACUCCAAACUAUGAUGCGGAUCAGAAGUUUGGAUUUUGUCCCAUGGCAGCGCACGAGGAGAUUUGCACAACCAAUGAAGGUGUCAUGUACCGCAUUGGAGACCAGUGGGACAAGCAGCACGAGAUGGGUCACAUGAUGAAAUGCACUUGUGUAGGGAAUGGGCGUGGAGAGUGGACCUGCAUUCCUUAUUCCCAGCUUAGAGACCAGUGUAUUGUUGAUGACAUCACCUAUGAUGUUAACCAAACUUUCCACAAACGUCAUGAAGAAGGACACAUGCUGAACUGUACUUGCUUUGGCCAAGGUCGGGGGAGAUGGAAAUGUGAUCCUGUCGACCAAUGCCAAGAUUCGGAAACUCAGACCUUUUACCAGAUUGGAGAUUCGUGGGAUAAGCAUGUUCAGGGAGUCAGAUAUCAGUGCUAUUGUUAUGGACGUGGAAUUGGAGAGUGGCACUGCCAGCCUUUGGGUAUCCAGCCAGGUUCCACCGGCCCCGUCCAAGUGAUUAUCACAGAUGUUCCAAUUCAUCCAGAUUCCCACCCCGUCCAGUGGGUUGCGCCUGAAUCCUCUCACAUUUCCAGUUACAUCCUCCGGUGGAAACCAAAAAACUCUAGAGUAAAGUGGAAAGAGGCCACCAUCCCGGGAUAUUUGAAUUCUUACACUAUCUCUGGUCUGAAACCUGGCGUUCUUUAUGAGGGGCAGCUUAUUAGCGUACAGCAUUAUGGCCAGAGAGAAGUCACCCGUUUUGAAUUUACCACUUCUAGUACUACAGCUAUUUCAACAAGUAUGACAGGAGAAACAACAGCACUUCCUCCUAUGGUGUCUAUAUCUGAAUCUGUCACAGAAAUUACUGCCAAUAGUUUUGUGGUCUCCUGGGUUUCUGCUUCAGACACAAUCUCAGGAUUCCGUGUGGAAUAUGAACUGAGUGAAGAUGGUGACGAGCCCAAGUAUUUGGAUCUUCCCAGCACUGUCACGUCAGUUAACAUCCCCAACUUGCUUCCGGGUCGCAAUUACAUUGUCAAAGUCUAUCAAAUUACAGAAGAGGGCAAGCCGGACCUUAUUCUAUCAACUUCUCAGACAACAGCACCUGAUGCCCCUCCGGAUCACCUUGUACAGAGUGUUGAUGACACAUCAAUCAUUGUGAGCUGGAGCAGACCAGAAGCUCCUAUUACAGGUUAUCGGAUUGUUUAUACUCCAUCUGUGGAGGGUAGCAGUACAGAACUGAACCUACCUGAGUCUGCUACUUCUGUGACGCUCAGUGACUUAAUGCCCGGAGUUCAGUACAAUAUCAGCAUUUAUGCUGUGGAAGAGAACCAGGAGAGCACUCCUAUCUUCAUUCAGCAGAAGACCACAGGUGUGCCACAGGAAGGUGAGAUUCCUCCGCCCAAAGAUCUGCAGUUUGUGGAAGUCACUGAUGUCAAAAUCACCAUCAUGUGGAACCCUCCAGACAGGGCUGUGACUGGCUAUCGUGUAGAAGUGAUUCCAGUUAACCAUCCUGGCAAACAUGGGCAAAAGUUGCCAGUUACUAGGUAUUCCUUUGCUGAAGUCAAGGAUCUUUUGCCUGGGACAACCUACCUUUUCAAGAUCUAUGCCCUUGGACAAGACACUGAGAGUGAACCCUUGACUGGAGAACAAACAACCAAUCUUGAUAGUCCAACCAAUUUGCGGCUGGUCAAUGAGACCGACUCCACAGUGCUGGUGACAUGGAGGCCCCCUCGUGCCCGUAUUACAGGCUACCACCUUUCUGUCGGCCCAACAACAGGAGGACAACCAAAACAGUACAAUGUGGGGCCAUCAGCCACAAGAUACCUUGUGAGAAACUUGCAACCAAACUCUGAGUACACCGUGUCCCUUGUGGCUGUCAAAGGAAACCAGCAAAGCAGCCCAGCAACAGGAAUCUUCACAACCUUGCAGCCCAGAGGCUCAAUUCCUCACUAUACCACUGAAGUGACUGAGACCUCUAUUGUUGUUACUUGGACACCAGCACCGAGAAUUGGCUUCAAGCUGGGUGUGCGGCCAAGCCAAGGUGGAGAAGCUCCGAGGGAGGUCAUCUCUGAGUCUGGGAGCAUUGUCAUAUCUGGACUGACUCCUGGUGUGGAAUACAUUUACAGCAUCACAGUCCUCACAGAUGGCAAAGAGAAAGAUGCUCCCAUAGUCAAGAAAGUAGUAACACCACUGUCACCACCAACCAACCUGCGCCUUGAUUCAAAUCCUGACACUGGUAUUCUCACUGUCUCUUGGGAAAGAAGCACAACUCCAGAGAUUACUGGAUACAGAAUUACUACUGUUCCAACAAAUGGGCAGCAGGGCUACACUCUUGAAGAAGACGUUCAUGCAGACCAGACAUCCUGCAUCUUCGAACAUCUGAGUCCUGGUGUGGAGUAUAAUGUCAGUGUCUAUGCGGUCAAAGAUGACCAGGAGAGCUUGCCCAUCUUUGAAACCAUCACCCAAGAGGUGCCUCAGCUCACUGAUUUAAGCUUUGUUGACGUAACUGAUACAAGCAUCGGCCUGAGGUGGACCCCGCUAAACACCUCCACCAUUAUUGGCUACCGCAUCACGGUGGUUGCAGCAGGAGAGAGUGUCCCCAUUUUUGAAGAUUUUGUGGACUCUUCAGUAGGAUACUACACAGUUACAGGCCUGGAGCCGGGCAUUGAUUAUGAGAUCAGCGUAAUCACACUCAUUAAUGGUGGAGAGAGUGCGCCUACUACGCUGACUCAGCAAACUGCUGUCCCUCCCCCAACUGACCUGCGUUUCACUAAUGUGGGUCCUGACACCAUGAGAGUCACCUGGACUCCACCAGCAUCCAUUGAACUGACCAGCUUCCUAAUCCGUUUCUCACCUGUGAAGAAUGAGGAUGAUGUUGCAGAGUUGUCCAUCUCACCUUCUGAUAAUGCGGUGGUUCUAACAAAUCUUUUACCUGGCACCGUGUAUUUGAUCAGGGUCUACAGCGUAUAUGACCAACAUGAGAGUAAACCUCUGACUGGAGAACAGAAGACAGGCAUUGAUUCCCCAACUGGCCUGGACUUCUCAGAAAUAACAGCUCACUCAUUCACUGUCCACUGGGUUGCCCCCCGUGCCACCAUCAGUGGCUACAAAAUACGCCACUCCCUUGAGCAAGGUGGAAGCAGACCCAAAGAAGUGCGCAUCGCCCCAUCUCGCAAUUCCAUCACCCUGACAGACCUGGUUCCAGGGUCAGAGUAUGUGGUUAGCAUUUCUGCAUUCAAUGGCAAAGAGGAGAGCUUGCCCUUGGUUGGACAGCAAAGUACAGUUUCUGAUGUUCCAAGGGACCUGCACAUCACUGCCACCAGCCCCACCAGUCUGGUCAUCUCUUGGGAUGCUCCUGCUGUUACUGUCAGAUACUACAGGAUUACGUACGGUGAAACAGGUGGCAGUGGGCCUCUUAAAGAGUUCACAGUCCCUGGCCACGUGUCCAGUGCAACCAUCCCUGGCCUUACUCCUGGAGCAGACUACACCAUUACCGUGUAUGCAGUCACUGGGCGCGGAGACAGUCCCGCGAGCAGCAAACCAGUCACCGUGAACUACAGGAUUGAGAUUGACACACCAUCCCAGCUGCAAGUCACUGAUGUUCAGGACAGCAGCAUCACUGUGCGUUGGGAGCCUUCCUCUUCCCCAGUUAAUGGUUACAGAGUGACAGCUGCCCCCAAGGACGGCCAUGGCCCGACAAAAACAAGAGUCCUCUCUGCAGAACAAACGGAAGUUACAAUUGACGGAUUGCAACCUACGGUUGAGUAUAUAAUUAGUGUCUACGCUCAGGGUCAAGAUGGAGAAAGCCAACCUCUGGUUGAGACAGCUGUUACAAACAUUGACAGCCCUAAAGGACUGACAUUCACUGAGGUGGAUGUCGAUUCCAUCAAAAUUGCUUGGGAAAGCCCACAGGGGCAAGUCACCGGGUACAGGGUGAUCUACUCAACCCCUGAGGAUGGAAUCCGAGAGCUAUUCCCUGCUCCUGAUGGUGAAGACGACACUGCGGAGCUGCAUGGCCUCAGGCCAGGUUCUGAGUACACGGUCCGCAUCGUUGCCUUGCACGAUGACUUGGAGAGCCUGCCUCUGAUUGGGACCCAGUCCACAGCAAUUCCACCUCCUACGAAUCUGAGGUUUGUUCAGGUUGCUCCAACAAGCCUGACUGUGACGUGGACUGCCCCUCGCGCUCAGCUCACGGGCUAUCGUGUCAGAGUGACUCCGAAGGAUAAGAAUGGGCCAAUGAAAGAGAUUAAUGUCGCCCCAGACAGCACUUCAGCUGUUGUCUCAGGACUGAUGGUGGCAACUAAAUAUGAAGUCAGUGUCUAUGCUCUGAAGGAUUCUUUGACCAGCAGACCUGCCCAGGAUGUAGUCAGUACCUUAGAGAAUGUCAGUCCUCCACGUAGGGCACGUGUCACAGAUGUCACAGAGAGAACCAUCACAAUCACCUGGCGCACCAAAACCGAGAUGAUCACGGGCUUCCAUAUUGAUGCUGUCCCUGCAAAUGGCCAGAAUCCCAUUCAAAGAACCAUUGGCCCUGAUGUUAGAACCUACACCAUCACUGGCUUGCAACCUGGCACCGACUACAAGAUUUAUAUCUAUACCCUGAAUGACAACGCUCGCAGUUCUCCAGUAGUGAUUGAUGCUUCUACCGCCAUUGAUGCCCCCUCCAACCUACGCUUCCUGACCACCACCAGCAACUCCCUGUUGCUCACUUGGCAGCCGCCCCGGGCCAAGAUCACAGGAUACAUCAUCAAAUACGAGCGAGUUGGAGGGCCAACGAAGGAGCUGUUUCCCCGUCCCCGUCCUGACACUACUGAGGCCACUAUCACAGGUCUGGAACCAGGGACAGAAUACAUCAUCUACAUAACAGCUGUGAAGAACAAUCAGAAGAGCGAACCAUUGAUUGGAAGGAAAAGAACAGAUGAGCUUCCCCGGCUGGUGACACUUCCACACCCUGGCCAAGGUGGAUCAGGGAACCUGGAUGUGCCCUCUGUGGAGAACACUCCUUAUCUGCCAAAUCACCCCUAUGAUAAUGGAAAUGGCAUCAAACUUCCAGCCACAUCAGGCCAAGAGCCGAUCAUCACCAAUCCGGGUCAAGUCAUUGUGGAAGUUUAUGGGUCUCGGACUCCUACCACCGCUGCAACUCCAGUAGGGCGCAGACCGAGUGCAGGUGAAAGGCCUGAAACGGUGCACCGUCGUCCCGUGCAACUUCCAGAGGUGGGCCAGCCUUCUUAUCCUCACACCCUCCUGCCCAGGAAUAACUACACAAGGCCUCAAGAAGCCCUGUCUGAGACAACCAUCUCAUGGACACCCUAUUCAGAGAGCUCUGAAUACAUCAUCUCCUGUCAGCCUGUUACCACUGAAGAGGAAACAACAGAGAUCAAAGUCCCCGGCACAUAUUCUAGUGCUACUCUCACUGGUCUUACAAGAGGGGCCACAUAUAACAUCAUUGUGGAAGCAAUUAAAAAUCGUCGCAGGCAUAAAAUUCUUGAAGAGGUGGUCACAGUGGGUAAUACUGUUUCCGAAAGGUUAAACCAACCCACAGAUGAUUCAUGCUAUGAUACUUUUACUGGGUCAUUCUACUCUGUUGGGGAAGAGUGGGAAAGAAUGUCUGAGACUGGAUUUAAACUCUGGUGCCAGUGUUUAGGCCUCGGCAGUGGACAUUUCAGAUGUGACUCGUCAAAGUGGUGUCAUGACAGUGGCGUGAACUAUAAGAUUGGCGAGAAGUGGGACAGGCAGGGCGAGAAUGGACAGAUGAUGAGCUGCACCUGCCUGGGAAAUGGAAAAGGAGAAUUCAAGUGUGAAGCCCAUGAAGCAACUUGCUACGAUGAGGGCAAAACAUACCAAGUUGGAGAGCAGUGGCAGAAAGAAUACCUUGGGGCCAUCUGCUCCUGCACUUGUUAUGGAGGACAGCAGGGCUGGCGUUGUGACAACUGCCGCAGACCUGGUGCUGCAAGCUCACCUGAAGGUUCCCCUGGACAUACCUAUCCCCAGCACACACAGAGACAGCCACAGACGACCAAUACUAAUGUCCAUUGUCCAAUCGAGUGCUUCUACCCGUUACAUCUACAAUCAGACGCGCAAAUCCGGCGAGGAGAUUAACACCCACCCAGACUGAAGAACAGCCAAGAAGGGUCAACUUGCCAAGACUGUCCACUCUAGAACGCUGCUAGAAGGAGGCAGAUCUUUUUCUCUUUUUUUGCAAGGUGGCCAGGCCCCUUUCUCAGCUUUUUUGCUCAAUUCACAGCUUCUCCAAGGGCGGCCAUCUUUGGAGAGUCUCAAGAGUUCUUUUCACAACAGAUAGUUUAUGUUGUCUGGGGUUGUUUGUUUUGCUCUUAAGUGUUUCAAUACCAUUCAGUAUUCUCCCCAAGACAACUCUUUACUAACUCAGAAACUGCUCGGCCAUCAGUAAGCAUUACACGAGAAACCAUCAAAGGCUGUGGGGAGGCGGCUCCCCAAAAACAGAGAGCAGGGAAUGAAAUCCCUGAAUUCUGUGUUCACCUAACAGUGCAGCUAUCAGUAGAAACUGCAUACCCUAUCACUGUGAUAUUUAAAAUAUGCACAGUUCUAAUCUUUCUAAAUUAUCCUAGUUUCUUUCCCUAGCGGUAUGUUUGUAUCUCGUACUGUUAUUUAUCAAUGUGGAUCUUUCUUCUCCCUCCCUCCCCGCCUGCCUCAGUGUUUUUCUACAGGAAAUUAUAUUAAAAGACAUUUAGUACACCGUUGACAGAGGAAUCUGGUAUAAUUAUGAUCAGUGAUUAUUUUUUAUACUGUAAGUGCCAAAGCUUUACUACUGUGGGAAACAACUCUUUUAAUAAAAAGAUUUACAAACCA